UUUCAUUGGCUCCGUUCCAGCCAUUAUCAUGAGCUGUCCUCCCUCAGCAAUCUCCACUGAUUUAUACAUAUAUAAUUAGAAAAUAAUAUAUACUAUAUUGCCUCAACAUAAUAGAAAGAACGAAAUAAAAAUAAAAACAUAAUGUCCGAGUUUUAGUAGUCGUCCUUAUUCAGGCCUAAGCAAUCGUUCCCGAAUUAAUCGAUUAGACGAGGAGUAGGCUGGGAAAGAUGGCAUCUUCUGAACAACCUGAUCCGCAAACACAGCCUCGUGCUCCGUCCAGAGAUGACGUUGCCCCCAGAGAAGCAAUGAUAGCCACAGCUGUGAAAUUUUUACAGAACCAUAAAGUCCGUCAAAGUCCACUGGAAACCAGAAAGGUUUUCCUGAAGAAAAAAGGUUUGACUGAUAAGGAGAUUGAGCUUGCCAUCCAGCGCUCGGGCAGUACUGACGAGCCCCUGGCCCUUACCCCUGUGGGACCCCAGUACCCUCUCCUUGACCCCCAGCUGGCACCUAUACCCUACAGUCCCCGUGGCUACAGAUGGAGAGACUACGGUGCCCUCACUGUCAUCAUGAUGGGCAUGGCCUUUGGCUUCCAUCACCUCUACAAGAAAUACAUCCUUCCCCUCAUUAUGGGGAGCAAAGAGGACAAGAAGCAUCUGCAGAGAAUCGAGAGCAACAUCGCCGAGAUGAGUGGCACGCUGACACAGACAGUGACCCAGCUCCAGCAGACCCUGGCUACAGUACAGGACCUCCUGGUCCAGCAGCAGCAGAAAAUACAUGACCUGUCUCAGGAGCUAUCUACCUCUGAGGCAUCCUCUUCAACCAACCGCAUCCUGGAUACCCAGACCAUCGGCGAUCUGAAAGCUGAAAUAGGGUCAUUGAAGGGCUUGCUUCUCGGCAGGAGGCAGUUCCCCGCAUCGCCAUCCGUCCCAAAGAUUCCCUCCUGGCAGAUGCCCUUGAAGCCGGACACCAUCUCCACCAGCUCUCCUUCCAUCAACCACACCAACAGCAGCAGCGACAUCUCCCCCGUCAGCAACGAGUCGGCUUCCUCCUCCCCCAUCAAAGAUGGCCACCACAGCCCCCAAGACGCCCUGGGAGGUCCCGACGGAGCCCACGGCCUCAACGGAAAGAAUGGCGUGGGGCUGGGAGGAGGAGCCACACUGCCCCCCCUGGACCUUAAGGAUCAGGUCCGCAUGGAGGUGCAGGGUGAGGAGGAGAAGAAAGAGGAGGAUGUGAAGGAGGAAAAGGAAGAAGAGGAGGAGGAGGAGGAUGACGUGAGCCAUGUGGAUGAGGAGGAGCAUCUGAGCGUGCCAGCGGAGGAUCGUCGAGGGGGGGACGGACAGAUCAACGAACAGGUGGACAAGCUGAGGAGGCCCGAGGGGGCCAGCAACGAGAGCGAGGUGGAUUAGACCAGACCGUGAGCACAAAGCACAACAAAACCCCUUUUUCCUUAUGGUUCUCAUUUCAUUUGAAGGUCCUGUUUCAGUCUGGUCCCAUUUGACCAUCCUUUCUGUAACUGUACUGUUUUGCCUCUGUUAUAUAGUGAACAAUCUCAAUUAUGAGCGAAGGUUUAAGAAACACAACAAAGAAAAGGUUAAUGUUGGUGUGUCUUAGCCCUUGUAAGCACCUGGCUUACAUCAAUUUACUUUUCAUCAUUCAAACAAAAGGAUUGCAUGUCUGGGAAAGUAAUGUGAAGUUUCAGCAGGAUGGGGGAGAUAAGAGCAAUAUUCAAUACAAAUUACUAUCAAAAAUGAAUCCUGCUUUCUCUUAUUCCUUGUGUGGCACUUGGUACUGACAAUAAUCACCUGGUGUAGUGAGCUUGGUUUCCAAUGUAUUAUGGUAUCUGAGCUCAUUUGAAGAAUCAUUUGAGGUUGUGUCCCAAAUGGCACCCUAUUCCCUAUGUAGUAUGUGUCCUAAAUGGCACCAUAUUCCCUAUGUAGGAUGUGUCCCAAAUAGAACCCUGUGCCCUAUGUAGGUGGUGUCCCAAAUGGCACCCUAUUCCCUAUGUAGGCUGUGUCCUAAAUGGCACUCUAUUCCCUAUGUAUGAUGUGUCCCAAAUAGCACCCUAUUCCCUAUGUGGCUUGUGUCCCAAAUGGCACUCUAUUGACCCUAUGUUUUGACAAGGGUCUGUAGAACUUUGGUCAAAAGUAUUGCACUAUUUAGGGAAUAGGUUGCCAUUUGGUACUCAGCCUGAGUAACCUGUUCUGGACACCAAAGAAAUCGUAUGCUCCCCUAUAUUCUUCAGUUCUAUGUCUGGAGUCAGACGUCUUGUCCCCCUGUACUCGUCUCAAAGUCACCCCAGAGAUCACUGAAUGCGUCUGAAACGGAACCCCAUUCCCUAUACGAUACACUACUUUUGACCAAUAGUAGGGCACUCCAUAGGGAAUAGGGUGCCAUUUCAGACGUAGCCUGUCAACAGAGCCGAGGGAGAGGACAGGCAGCAUUAGGCUAGGGCAGUGUUAGGCUAGGGCAGUGUUAGGCUAGGGCAGCGUUAGGCUAGGGCAGCGUUAGGAUAGGGCAGCGUUAGGCUAGGGCAGCGUUAGGCUAGGGCAGUGUUCGGCUAGGGCAACGUUUAGGAUCUUUCAUGUGUCCCCUCACAUUGGUGUCAGUCUGUCAAUAAUUCAGAAAGGCCAGGAGGUGGCAUUUGGGCUGAAAUAAAAGCCUUGAAAUUUGAGAUUAGAACACGAUGACGGGUUUUGUUCCACGAGCGUUCAAGAGCGCUGAAAGGAAGGGAAGAUAAAUGUGUUUUUUCUACCUCUUUCUAAAGGGGCUGCCUCGUGCAUUCUGUCACUCUGUAUGUGGUGAGAUAGAUCCCAGCCUGCCUCUUCAGCUGCAUCUCAGUCUCCAGCAGGGCUAGCUGAAUUGGUUUAUGAAGUAUGUUAAUAAUCAAAUGAUCAACAAAUAACAGAUGUAUUAGUUCAUGCAGCUUGAAAUGUCAAGGAGGCUAAAAGCGGAAAUAUAAUCGCGAAAGCCCUGCUGUAUUAUAUUUUAUUUCAUGACAAACCCUCCAGUCCAAAUUAUAUAGGCCUCCUACAGUGAGUAAUCUUUUACGCUAAAACGGCGCCAAUAUUUUGUAAUUAAACCGUAUAAAACAAUGGAUGUCGCCAUGGAUGUUGUGGCAGGUGGGAAUCUAGCUCCGAAGGCAGAGGUGGGGGCGGGAGGGGAACUGAAAGUAAUGUAUGAAUACUUACCUUAUUAAAUUACUCACUCGCCAGCUGAUGAGAGAGAGAAAAAAGGUCCACGAGUGAAAAUGAGGGUAUCAGCUCUCUUGUGGUAUUUUAACUUGCAUCGAAGGGCCUUCAAAGUAACACAAUAACGGUAGAGGUAGGUGAACCUUUCUAAGUGGCAGCAGUCAUACUCCGCAAACGCUGUGUCUAUUAGAAUAGAAGUAGCAGGGCGGUAAAGAAUCUGAAGUAUGAUACUGUCAUGAGAGAUUUUUUUUUGUUUGCAAUUGUAUUUGACUUGUCUGACAUUCUGAUCUAUGAAUUUGUCUGCGAAUGAAGACCACUGGCUGAUAAUGUGGCAGAAUUGCUAAAAUGAGAGGUCCCCAAGUCUCACUCAUGCCUUUUAAACUACUGUAGUUUCACUGACUGGUCCUCUAUGUAUAAAAUGUACCCAGCUUAUAAUUGUGACUGUAUGAGCUUCUGAUAUCAAACAGAAAUGUAUAUUAUUGUAAUAAAUUUGGUUUAUCUCAA